AUGACCGAUCGCAUUUUUACUGCACGGCCAUUGCCGAAGCAACAGGCUCGAAAGGACCUUAAAGAUGCUUUCCGAGUUCAUCUCUCUUCCUCUUCACUAGCCGCCCUGAGACUUCAGACCGAGGGCAUCUGCAUUCUACAGCAAGGAGAGGGGCCGCCAAAGACCGCCAUUGCGUGGUAUGCCACAGAAAACAUCCAAAGCACAGUCACGCAAAUAUCCAGAACUCUGCAAGAAUGUUAUGACAUCAAGAUCGGGGAGAAGGUUACAAUCACAAGAGCUGAAGGCCCUCUUGAAACCAUUCAAUCUGUGACAUUGACAGAUUCCUCGGAUGCCGACAAAAUUGAACGAUACGGCUCUAUCUCGGACAGUGACCGGCCACACUGGGAAUGGGCGCUGGAUGAAAAGCUCCUCAGAUGUGGAUCCCUGACAACGGGGUUGGUCUUUGACUUAGAGCUUCGGGGCCAGCACAGAAGUUUUCGAGUGGCUAGCAUUCGCUCACAAAAUCCUGGCUCUAGCCACACGCUUUUCCAAUUCACAGAGGCCUCUCGCACCUCCCUGGGCCCUGUUGUAGAGGAGAAGGAAGACCUAUCCUCUGGCAUUGAAGUGCAACCCACCGGCCUUGGAGGGCUCUCGCGGCAAAUCAACGACAUUAACGAGAGUUUGUCGGAUUUCAAUACCGAUCCACGGAAGCUUGUCAUGCCCGAGUUUUACGAAAGUAGCCGAGGAAUCCUGCUAUAUGGACCCAAGGGAACCGGUAAGACCAGUGUUCUGAAUCAAAUCGAGAAGGCCGGUUGGAGACAAACGUUCAAAAUUGGCACGUCAACCCUGGGCAGGAGCAUUGGAGAGAGUGAGCUCAAGCUUCGUAAUAUUUUCCAAGAGGCAGCUCGCUCCAAGCCCAGCGUGAUCAUUAUUGACCAGCUGGAAUUCAUCGCACCAAAGAGAACUUCCAUUGAGUCGCAAUCUCUCGCGUCUGUUCUGUGUGAAAAUCUAGAUUCCAUCAGAAAUGCGUCAAUUCUCGUUGUGGCCGCAACCCGACACCCUAACCAGGUUGAUGAUGCGCUACGAACGCCCCACCGGCUUGGAACAGAGAUUGAGCUACAAGUGCCCACUUCUCAGGAUCGAGCUGAGAUACUACGAGCCAUUCGCGGACCUGUUGCUGCCGGCUUGACGGACGAGCUUGUCGAUUUGCUAGCUGAAAAGACACAUGGAUAUGUUGGAGCUGAUCUUUUUGCUCUGUUGCAACUCGUCUGCCGCAAAGCGCGACAGAGGCAACUCUCAGAACAGCCUGUUACGGCCCUUUUCACGGCUUUGUCAGUCACCGCCACAGACAAAACCGACGGUUCGUUGCAGAGCACUUCUAACAAGGAGGACACGAUCAUCCCGUUGCAAAUCCAAGAAGAGGACAUCUCUCUCUCUUUGCAGGAAAUCCGACCUACGGCUAUGCGCGAGGUAUUUUUAGAAACACCUAAAGUCAGAUGGUCAGACAUUGGAGGGCAGCAUGAGAUCAAAAAACGUCUCCAGCAGGCCGUUGAACGACCUUUGAAAUUCCCCCAACGCAUGCGCCGACUCAACGUAAACAGCAAGAAAGGUGUUUUGCUUUAUGGGCCCCCGGGUUGUUCCAAAACCUUGACAGUCAAAGCUUUGGCUACUGAGGCUGGACUAAACUUCCUCGCAGUUAAAGGAGCCGAGAUACUCAGCAUGUACGUGGGAGAAUCCGAGAGAUCCCUGAGAGAAAUUUUCAGAAAAGCGCGUGCCGCGCGACCCAGCAUCAUAUUUUUCGACGAGAUUGAUGCAAUCGCCGCUCGGCGCAGCGGGGGUUCUGGUGGAGUGAACGUCCUUACUACCUUAUUGAACGAGAUGGACGGAAUUGAGGAGCUUCGAAAUGUUUUGGUGGUUGCCGCAACCAACAAGCCCGACGUAUUAGACCCAGCCUUAAUGCGCCCCGGGCGGUUGGAUAACAUUCUCUAUAUCGGACCACCGGACUUCGAAGCUCGCAAGGAGAUCAUCCGCAUCUGGGCCAACAAAUCCGUGGUAAAUCCGGACGUCGACCUCGACGAGCUGGCCUCUCUGACAGAAGGCUAUUCUGGCGCUGAGAUCGUGAGUAUUUGCGAAACCGCCGGAGACGCAGCCCUUGACGAAGAGGAAGAAAUCCAGCAAGAGCUGGAUGUGCAGUGGAAGCACUUUGAGUAUGCUCUGGUUCAAGUGCGGCGACAGAUCACGGAGACUGUCCUUCAAGACAUCACAUCGUCUCUUUGCUUCCUGGACCCUUUCGCUUUUCGCUUAUUUUAUAUUCAACAGUCAUUCGACAACUUGACAGCUAUGUCCUCGAGAUCACCUCGACACUCCCCAGUGGAGGACCGAGGACGAUCACGCUCGGCGCAUCCCUCAAAACCCCUCAGCGAAUCACGAAGUAUCUCUCGGAGCCGGUCAGCUGGGCGUUCCCGAUCAGUUUCCAGAGGCAGAACGCGAUCUCGCAGUCGCAGUCGAGGUGCCCGUCACUAUGAUAGCCGAAGUGGAAGCCGCUCUCUGAGUCCCAAUUCCGGCCCCCCGAAAAGCUCCAAGGUUGGUGCCCGCCCAGUGCCAGAAAUUCGACCUUCCUUUCGGGGCAUACAGCUAAAUUGCAUUCACAACCAGAUUGUCGUCGAAAAAUUGACGAAAAAUGUCACCGAAGACCAUGUUCGAGAGAUCUUUGGAGGCUUCGGAGAUAUAGAGUACCUUGACGUCCCCAUUAACAAGGCGUUCAUGACCAACCGAGGCACCGCAUACAUUCUCUACUACGAUCCCGCCGACGCCGAAGCAGCCAUUGCUCAUAUGCACGAAGCCCAGCUCGAUGGGGCGAUCUUGAAUGUCUCAAUAGUUCUCCCCCGACGAAAGUUCUCACGCUCCCCUCCUCCUUCGACCCGAGGAAACGGUGGCCGCCCCAGAUAUGGCCGAGGGCCCUAUGCAGGCCCACCAUCACCGCGAAGACAUGGGGCCGGACGACCUGCGGAGCGCCAUGACACUUACAGGCCACAAUCCAUGUCUCGAUCCCGCUCUCCUGUUCGAUCGCGAUCAUAUUCCUCUCGGUCACGGUCACGGUCCUCGGUACCACGUCGCGGGAGUCCGAAAACAGAGUCACGGCACCACAGACGCCGCAGCCCAAGUUACAGCAGCUACAGCAGCCGAAGCCGCAGCCCCAAGCGCAGUCGGAGCCACCGCCAUUGA